AUUUCAAGCUGUCCGGAGCUGGGACAUACCCGGUUUCUCUGCAGUGUAGUAGUGAGGAGGAGCAGCUCCAGAAUUAGUCUGGGGCUGGGAUACCACCGCUGCUGCUGCUGCUGCUCGGGUGUCUGGGCUGAAGGGGAGAAUCUCAGUGAGGCUUCACAGGAUGGCAGAGUUCAAAAGGAGAUGAAAAGAGGAGAGCAAAGGAGGUCUGUGUGCGGAACUUGAGAGCUGCAGAAGUGAUUUGGUCCUGGGCUCUGUCUGCACACUCGGACUGGAGCUGACAAUGAAGAUGAACAUGCAGUGCAGAUGGAUUGGUCAAGACAAAGAUACAGAGCUUCCUGUUUGCGUCUGAUGGAUUACAGUGUUUUGCAUGAGCUGCUGACAUGAAUUCAGAGGCUGGUGAGAUGUGGGAGUGCUCAUCUUCAGGAGAAAUCUGAGACCUGAAUGAGCCUUCAAGCACGGUGAGAGCAUUUUAAGUGAAGGAGGCGCACCAUGGACUUGUUGUGGUCUGCCAUCAGACCCAUUAUGUCCUUUUAACCCAUUUGUAGCACCCUCUACCCCUACCCCAUGUCACAUCUUUCCCUGAAUUAUGGAAAUUUUGUGGAAGACGCUGACUUGGACACUGAGCCUGGUGGUGAUGACUGCUUCUGAAUUUCAAAGUAUCAACAAACUCUCACACAAUUCCCAAGAGGAGUUCCUGUCCUACCUGCAGCACUACCAGUUGACUGUCCCGGUGCGGGUGGAUGAGAAUGGAGAAUUCCUGAGCUACACUGUGAAGCACCACCGGCCAGGCCGACGGAGACGGGGGGCGGUGGAUCCGAUGAUGGGAGCCCAGCCCGCGUUAGACCCACUGGAGCCCCGACUGUUCUACAGACUGUCAGCCUAUGGAAAGCACUUUCACUUAAACCUGACUCUCAACCCCCACUUGGUGUCAAAACAUUUUACAGUGGAGUACUGGGGUAAAGAAGGGCUGGAGUGGCGGCAUAAUAUGGUAGAUAACUGUCACUAUAUUGGAUUCUUGCAAAAUCAGCACAGUACAACUAGAGUGGCACUCAGCAACUGCAAAGGCCUGCACGGUGUUAUUACAACAGAGGAAGAACAGUAUUUAAUAGAGCCUUUAAAGAACAUAUCCUCAACCACCUCUGGUGAAUGGAACCUGGAAGAAGCACAGCAGCAUGUUAUUUAUAAAAUGUCUGCCAUUCCCUCACCACAAGAGCAUAGCCAGGAGUUCAGCUGUGGCAUUUCAGACCUCAUUAAAACCAGUGCACCUUGCCAGCUUAGCAUGCCUUUGCCCCAAAACUACAGCAAGCUGUCAAACAGCACCCACAGACAGAAGCGAUCCAUCAGCACUGAGCGCUUUGUGGAGACGCUUGUGGUCGCUGAUAAAAUGAUGGUCGGUUACCACGGACGCAAAGACAUUGAGCACUACAUCCUGUCCGUAAUGAAUAUUGUUGCCAAACUUUACCGUGAUGCCAGCCUAGGAAAUGUUGUGAACAUUAUUGUGACCCGGCUGAUUGUUCUGACUGAAGAUCAGCCAAAUCUGGAAAUUAAUCAUCAUGCUGACAAGUCUCUGGACAGUUUCUGUAAGUGGCAGAAGUCCAUCCUGUCUCAUCACAGCGAUGGAAACAGUAUUCCAGAGAAUGGGAUGGCUCAUCAUGACAAUGCUGUCCUAAUCACCCGGUAUGACAUCUGCACCUACAAGAACAAACCUUGUGGUACCUUAGGUCUGGCCUCAGUGGCUGGAAUGUGUGAGCCAGAGAGGAGCUGCAGCAUCAAUGAAGACAUCGGCCUCGGUUCUGCUUUCACCAUUGCGCACGAGAUUGGCCACAAUUUUGGGAUGAACCAUGAUGGGAUUGGGAAUUCUUGCGGUACCAAAGGUCACGAGACAGCCAAACUGAUGGCUGCUCAUAUAACAGCCAACACCAACCCUUUCUCCUGGUCUGCCUGCAGCAAAGACUACAUCACCAGCUUUCUCGACUCAGGUCGGGGGACGUGUCUGGACAAUGAACCUCUGAAACGAGACUUCCUGUACCCAACAGUGGCCCCGGGGCAGGUGUAUGAUGCAGAUGAGCAGUGUCGCUUCCAGUAUGGAACCUCUUCACGCCAGUGCAAGUAUGGGGAAGUGUGUAGAGAGCUCUGGUGCCUUAGCAAAAGCAACCGUUGUGUAACUAACAGUAUUCCUGCUGCAGAGGGGACCCUGUGCCAGACAGGCAACAUUGAAAAAGGGUGGUGCUACCAGGGGGAAUGUGUUGCGUUUGGUACCUGGCCUCAGAGUGUGGAUGGAGGCUGGGGGCCAUGGUCCAUUUGGGGGGAGUGCAGCAGAACCUGUGGGGGCGGUGUAUCCUCCUCCAUGAGGCACUGUGACAGCCCAGCCCCAUCUGGAGGAGGCAAGUACUGUCUCGGAGAGAGGAAACGAUACAGAUCCUGUAACACUAACGCAUGCCCUGUAGGAUCUCGUGAUUUCCGAGAGAAGCAGUGCGCUGAUUUUGACAACUCCCCUUUCCGCGGGAAGUACUACAACUGGAAGCCUUACACUGGGGGUGGUGUGAAGCCCUGUGCGCUGAACUGCUUGGCAGAAGGCUAUAACUUCUACACUGAGCGGUCUCCUGCUGUCAUAGAUGGCACCCAAUGUCAGGCUGACUCGCUGGACAUUUGCAUCAAUGGAGAGUGUAAGCAUGUUGGCUGUGACAACAUACUGGGCUCAGAUGCCAAAGAAGACAGAUGCCGUGUGUGUGGAGGGGAUGGCAGCACCUGUGAGGCCACAGAAGGACUCUUUAACAAGUCUCUACCCAGAGGAGGCUACAUGGAGGUGGUUCAAAUCCCAAAAGGUUCUGUUCACAUAGAAAUCAAAGAAGUGACUAUGUCAAAGAACUACAUUGCUUUGAAAUCUGAAGGGGAUGAUUAUUACAUCAAUGGAGCGUGGACCAUUGACUGGCCCAGGAAGUUUGAGAUUGCAGGGACAGCCUUCCACUACAAGAGACCCUCUGAUGAACCAGAGUCUUUAGAAGCGUUGGGUGCUACCACUGAAAAUCUGGUUGUCAUGGUCCUCCUUCAAGAGCAGAACCUUGGAAUACACUACAAGUUCAACGUCCCCAUCCAGCGCACAGGGAGUGGUGAUAAUGAGGUGGGCUUCUCCUGGCACCACCUGCCCUGGUCUGAGUGCUCAGCUACCUGUGCCGGAGGUUCUCAGAAGCAGGAGUUAGCCUGUAAAAGGCUGGACGACAACUCAGUGGUACAGAACAACUACUGUGACCCAGACAGCAAACCUCCAGAAAACCAGAGAGACUGCAAUACUGAGCCGUGUCCUCCAGAAUGGUUUAUUGGCGACUGGUCAGAGUGUCCGAAGACGUGCGAUGGCGGAAUAAGGACGAGGACAGUCCUCUGUAUCAGGAAGAUUGGUCCCGCUGAGGAGGAGACACUGGAGGACACUCACUGUUUGACUCAUCGGCCUAUCGAGAGAGAGUCCUGCAACAACCAGUCCUGUCCUCCAAAGUGGGUCACUCUGGAUUGGUCUGAGUGCACACCUAAAUGUGGUCCUGGCUUUAAGCACCGCAUUGCCUUGUGUAAGAGCAGCGACCUCACCAAGACCUUUCCGCCUGCCCGCUGCUCGAUCCAUAACAAACCUCAAGUCCGAAUGCGCUGCACUUUAGGGCGCUGUCCUCCUCCCCGCUGGAUCCCUGGUGAAUGGGGACAGUGUUCAGCACAGUGUGGUCUGGGCCAGCAGAUGAGGACGGUACAGUGUCUGUCCUACACAGGACAGCCAUCGAAUGACUGCGUAGAGUCCCUCCGACCAGCCACCAUGCAGCAGUGUGAGAGCAAGUGCGAUGCCACCCCGAUCUCCAGUGGUGAUGAAUGCAAAGAUGUAAACAAAGUGGCUUAUUGCCCGCUGGUACUGAAGUUCAAGUUCUGUAGUCGAGCGUACUUCAGACAGAUGUGCUGCAAGACUUGCCAGGGGCACUGACCCUUUGAAUACAAGAGCGAGACAAGAAGAUGGUCAUAAAGGCAAGAAAGAUGGAGGGAUACAGUGCUUAAGAGAAGAAGAAAACAGCAGACUGGAAAAUGCAUCCCGACUCUGAACCAGUGGAAGAAUGAAAAAGUUGUCAAUGUUGAAGACGGGAGAAAAGCGAGGAUUUCCCUGUUUAUCACACCCCAUACUCCUGCCCUCUGUCGUGGUGGAAUCUAAACCACUGCUCAGCCCAUAAUGCUGACACAGACAUUAUUUUUUUGUUUUUUACAUUUUCACUUCUGUGAAGUGGAACUCGGAAGAUUAACUGUUGGUGAUGUUAUCUUUUAUUAUAAUAAUAAUUAUUAAUAUCAUUGUUAGUCUUCCUCAGUGUUUGUUUUUUUUACAAAUCCAAAGUGCUGGACACAUCGCUCGCAGAGGAUGUACCCCGGAGAUUAGAAGAGGGGGGAUGGGAGACUCCUGUCUUUGGGAUGACUGUGAUGGUGCUAUUGGCAGAGCAGACUUCUGGCUUCGGUGCACUUUUUUCAUGUAAAUACCAAUUUACUGCUCAAAUGCAACAGAGAAUCCCUGUUGGUGUACUGUAUAUUUAUUGUACAAUCCAAAACAGAGCUGAUAUAUUGUCCUCUGAUCAUCUUUUCGCCAGAUAGUAGCCUACUGUUAUGGAAGGGAAUGUAAUGUGACUGAAUUCAUAUUCAGUUUCUUUGUGCUUGAGUGAAAAUAUUACAUACUGUAACAUAUGUUAAACCCCUGUAUACUGUAAGGAUUUGUAUAUUAUAUACAUAUGUUAAUCCAGGGCCAAAAAAUACACCGUGGUUAUUGGAGAUUUUUAAAUCUUUUUUUUCCUCCCAGCUGGGUGCCUUAGUUCUUAACAGUCAGGUAAAAGUUCACCCAAAAUCACCAAAGUCAUCUUUUCAAAUGGUGCCUACGCCACAUGAAAAAUUAGUGACCAGACCUUUACUAGCAUCUUACUGAGUUUAGUAUUAAAGGAUUUAUAUGUUUUGUUCAUCUGAGUCAAAGUGCAGUCACCAUUACAUACUCUCUUUAAGGAUCUUUUUGAGGUAAACUAAUAGCCCCGCAGUUUGCAAAAUGGCCUUCUUACCAGUGAUUACAUGAAAAGAUUGAUGUAUGAGGUCUGGGCAAGACGAUAGUUAGCUCAGGCCUCAGUCACAAUUUAAUACUGGCAACACAAAAAAGGUGAUCCUCAGCAAACGUCCUUGUGAUUGCUUUAGUUGCUAGGAGAUUGCCGUGGUCACCUGUAGUUUGCAUGAAAGAUGCCAACUUGUCUGCAGACAUUUAUUUCUUGAGCUUUAAUGACAUUUUAAUUAGUUUACAUUUGCUUUUAAAGAAUAAGUUGUGUCUUACUGCUGCAACCUACAUAGUUUGGAAUGUGUAACUUUUACUUUGAAAGCAAAUGUUUAGGUUACACUUACCAUUUCACUACUGCUUGGUAAGUCCACUUCUUCCAUGCAAAAAACAGCUGAACAUGGAAAUCUGCCAGUGUCCAAAGCAAUUUCAGAGAAUAUUUUUUUCCAGCACCCUCUCAGUGACCAAUUUAUGCUAGUGACUGCCAGCAACCUCCAGCAAUCAGUUGCCAAACAGUCGUAAAAUACACAUGGGGGUUGGCAGGAGGUCAUUAACUGGUCUGCACACUAGUGUGCACAGCUGUUUGACUAAGACCUUAGGAAAAUUGGAGGGAAAAUGCUGACUAGCUAGGGUGACAUGAAUCAACCUAUUAGCACAUCUAAAGCUCACCAAUUUACAAUUAACACUUAAUGUAAAAAAAAAAGGAUCAUUAAAAGUCACCAUUUAAAUGUAAAUUAGGACAUAAAUCAGUAAGUGUUUAUAAUGUUGCUUUUGUCUUUAGUACAAAACCAGCUCCAUAUAAAUGUCGUAUGAAGACCAGUUCAGCAACAGUUUGCAACAGCUAACAUGUCUGUUUAAUUUAGCUCUGUGAUCUUUAAAUAAGCAGUGCUGUAUCUGCUUUAUGCCACCAAUGCAAGCAAAGACUUAAUUUAAAGAUUUGGUUGUCAGUAUUGUUGAACACUUCUGGCUUUAUGGGAGGUUAAACACAGGCUGCCUGACUUGUGAAGCUGAUGCUUUAAGGGGGGACUAAUGAAUUAAAUGUAGCCUACCCAUUCAUUCUCAUCAAAGAUGCUUGCUGGCACAUAAUAAAACCAACUAGGCAUUUUGGAGCUGGGCAUGUACAUCAGAAACUGAAACUGAAAAACACACUUUUAAAAAAAGCAAUUUUUUUUGGAUGUGAUAUGGGACAAAAUUAAGAUUUAGAGUGUUUAAGAAGGCAUCUCUCCAACCUUCCAGCCUUUUAGACUAAGCUAACGUGUGGGAUUAUUCACAAGGAAGUGAACAGGCCUGUUUCACAAAUAUUGAGAUAUUCCUGUUAAAUAUACAUGCAAAACACCACUUUUGUUGCCAGGCUAUGUCAGCCAGCUUCACUCUGCUGCUCACAGACUCCACACUCUGCCUCCUAUCCCCAUCAUGUUCAUCAUCAUCAUCACCUUUGUCCCAUAAAUGAAUAAAAAAACAAAACAAAAACGGCAUACUCAGUGGUGCUUGCCCUGCUCUUGUAUUUUUUUUUUUUUUAAUUUCCAAGAAAUACUGUGUUUACCUCUCUUUCCUCCUGCUAUGCUUCGAGGCUUGCGGCCUUCCCAGGCUUCUGGUGCUAUCAAGUGGGUGCUUCCAUUCAAACCCGUUCCAGUGUGCUAAUAAGAAAAGAAAAGUGAGGCUGGAUCCAAACAGUAUGAAAAAAAUAUAUAUAUACUUGUCAAAAUUUCUGUUGAUGUAAUGCUGGUCAUGUUAUCGUUUAGUUUGUAUCUGUCUAUACCUCACACUGGGAAUUUUCAUUGUCAACUGUGUAUUGUUGCUUGUGCAGCCAACAAAACAGUCACACCCCCGGACGAAAGCGAUCACUUCACCCAGGUGACGUUUGGGUUGUGAAAGGGGAACAGCAAUUAAAGUGAGUGUGUAAGGAUCUUGUCAGAGCUGUUAAAACCGACGUUCUAAUUUUGCUGCUGCUACGUUUUUUUUGUUUUGUUUUGUUUUGUAGCCACCUUCAGAAUGACAGUGCUGAGUAGAUUUUUUUGGAAAGGAUGGUGGAUGCUGCAUUCAAAGACAUCAGAAUUCAAACUGCUUGAACUGACUCAUCUACUGGCUGUGGGAUUAAGAAGCUCCAUUUAGAAAAAGAAAAGACAACUUAAUCAAACUGGUACUCGUUGCUGUGAACUUGGAUGUUUGAAUGUCACAUUGCUUCAAAACGUAUCUGAAGUGCAAGCAAAAUGAAAAGCAUCAUGUGAUUAGCUGCAUAUAUUUUGUAUUCAGUAUUAUUGUUGGUACACUGUUACUAAUUUUUUUUUUCAAAUGUAAAUUAUAUGCUAAUUUAUUGCAUUGUCACUUGUACAUUGAUUUCACUGCAUGCAAACUGAAAUUUAGCAUAGUGAAAAAAAUGCCAUGAUACGGCCCUUCACCAACUUUUUUUUAAGUAGAUAAAUGAAUAAAAAGA